UGUCGUACUCUCCUCAUUGUAUAAGCAGAUUUCUGACCCAAAGCCGUCGCACCCACACAAAAUUAAAUGGAGUCAUGCUUCUUGUUAAAAUCAUUGAUCAGUUAUGUUAUUAUUGUGAGUUUGAAGCAUAAGUGUGCGUUCCGAAAGCAGCUUUGAUUAUCGUCAUUUGUAUUGGGUUAUCGCACACCUGCAAGGCCGCCCGCCCGUCUGCUGCGCCUUGUAAACAGCAGCAGCCAGCAGCAGCACCGCGGGGCACGGCGGAGAGGCGGACAGGCGCGGAUCGGGGCUCCCUUGAUGUAGGGCGUGAUCCUCAUCAAACAACAGCCGCAGCUACGUUAUGGCCAGAGUGUUCCUCCACUUAGUGCAGAAUGUAAAGCCAGUGUCUCACCGGUUGGCCCGCGGUGCGUGGUGUGGGGCGGCGCGCCAAGGUGGGUGGCGGCGGCCCCUGCACACGAGCCCUGGCCUACACGCCUUCCCGCGCCCCAAGCUCUCGCCCCAGGAGGCAUCUCAACUCUUGCGUCAAAAUGAGGGAGUGGUGCAAGUCAGUGGGUGUGGUGACCAUGAAUGGGCACCAGAUGAGGUCGCCCCAGCAGCUACCUACUCCAUAGACAUGGUUGAUUCAAACCAGCUGGCUUCCAAUUUGCCCAUUGAGGACAAACUUGCUGCUGCCCGCUGCCUCCACACCACAGGUUACCUGUUUGGUAUAUUUGAUGGCCAUGGAGGACCAGAGUGCAGCCAGGUGGUGGCCAAGAGGCUGUUUGACUACAUCGCAGCAGCCUUGCUGCCACGCACAGAACUGCGCCGAGUGGUGGCAGAGUGGCAGGCAGGGGCUCCAGUGCCACUCACACAAGUUUACAAUGACACCUCUAAGUUUGUCCCUGAGCUGCAGGAAAUUUAUGAUGCCUCUCUCUUGCGCUACUGCAACCAGCUGCUGACCUCAGUGUCUGAGGAUUUCAGCAUGGAGGAAACGUUGGCCCGGGCCUUCUGCCAGCUGGAUGGAGACCUUGGCCGGGAGGUGGAGGAGAACCAGCGUUCAGCCGUGCUGGAGCCUCUGGUGCGAGUGGCCCUCUCUGGCUCAGUGGCCUGUGUGGCCCAUGUGGAUGGACCUCAUCUUCACUUAGCCAAUACAGGGGACUGCGGGGCUGUACUGGGCAGCCAGCGGCAGGAGGGUGGCAGUGGAUGGCAGGCACAGCGCCUUACCCAAGACCAUACUUGGGAAAACCCAGCAGAGGUGGAGCGGGUGGUGUCUGAGCACCCAUCCUCUGAAGCAGAGGCUGUGGUGAAGGACCAGCGACUGCUGGGGGUCCUCAUGCCCUUCAGGGCAUUCGGGGAUUUUCGCUUCAAGUGGGAUCGUGAGAAGCAGGUGAGUAUGGUCCAGCGCUAUGCUGGCCCCAACAAUUUGAUUCCCAACUGCAUCACCCCUCCGUACCUCACUGCCAUGCCAGAGGUUACUUACCACCGCUUGCGGCCCCAUGACAGGUUCCUGGUGAUGGCUUCAGAUGGGCUGUGGGAGUGCAUGAGUGCACUGGACUCUGUCAUGCUGGUGGGAGAGUACAUGUCAGGCCGCCAGACCCUCCAGCCAGUGCGUCUACCCCGCCAGGGAGUCACCCUUGGAGAAGUAGAGAAUUUGUUGGAGCAGAGACUGAAAGGCCUCUCCCUCAAGCCUGUAGACACUAGUGCUGCCACACACCUCAUUCGCCAUGCCAUUGGGGGUUCAGACACAGGCCUGGACCAUGCCAGGCUCUCACACUCCCUCACACUCCCCCCAGAGGUCCGCCGCUACUUCAGGGAUGACAUAUCCAUUCAUGUCAUAUUUUUUGAUUCCAACUUUUUGAGAGUCUGUCCGAUAGAGAUCUAAGCCAUACACUGCUUUAUUUCUUUACAGUUACUUUGCUCAAAAAUAGAAAUGAGGGGUUUUAGCAGACAAUCAAAAAUUCCUUUGCAAAGCACCUUUUAGCCAAUCACUGCUUUGCCUCAGCUUGUGGUCUUGAGGACCUGUUCCAUUUGUUAAGUAAUUACCCUCACAUAUGUAAAUAGCAUACCACUUGUUAUUCUCUGUGGAGUGGAAUGUCUAUGUUCAGUAUGAGAGAAGCUGUGAAUGAGUGAUAGAGGAAGGAGAGGAGCACCUAGCUGGACAACUGAGGUAAACUUUGAACAAACAAAAGGGAGAUAAAAAUGUACAGCCAGCAUGUACUAGUUGGCUUUGUCAUCCAUACAUAGAGGUAAAACAAAACAAAAAAAUACAUUGGUGAGGGAAGGCCAGGCAGCAGUCAUUUCAGAGAUGAAUAUUAAAAAAAAAUAAGGGAUAUUUUGGGAGGAUUGUAGAAGUCAUUUAGCAGUGUACCUAGGGGUGCAGCAAGGUAGUCUGCAGUAGUGUGGUGCUUUCCUGGCAGUUGUGCAGGAGAAACAAAUGUGUUUAAAGUGCCAUUCAUAGUGUCAUAGUUUUUGCUGCCUGUCUGUCGUCUUCAUGCAGUGAGUGUGAUGUAAGCCUUGAACAGCCACUACAAGAGGCUUUUAAUCCUCCUCCUCUCCAGACCGCCACCCCAACUCUGUCUGGCUCCUGAAAUAGACAGCUUUAUUGUCUUUAAUUAAUCAAGAGUCAUUAUGGUAAGAGAAAGGAGAGUACCUUUCCCUUCAUCAUUCUAUCUUAAUCAGAAUCAAUAAUACAGGUGCAAAUUAUUUCUGCUUUUAAGGGAUGAUUCCCUUCCUCAUGUAAGAUUUAAAAUACUGAGGCUAAAUUCAAACAAAUGUAAACUAAAGGUUUUGCUGUACAGUUAACUGUCCCCACCACUUCCUUGCCAUUAUCGACUUGAUGCUUAAUUUCUUUCAAGUCCCUCGACCAUACAUCUGGAUUCACUCAGGACUCAUAACAAAAUGCAUUCAACCAGGAACAGGCAAGUGGGGUGUGGUCUGUCUUGGUGUAGGGACAGUGCUUUGUGAAGGCCCCCCCACACAUGGCUAUAGUGUGUAGAUAACUGGUAUGUUGGAGAUAAAUCCCAUGCUGGUAAUCUGAGAUUAUUUAUGAGUAUUGGUAUGAAUCACCUAGGAAGGCCUUCACCUUUGCUCUGAGCAGAAGGGAAGUGUCUGAUACACAGGGGUCUGUUACCUACUGUAAAUAUGGAAUUAUGGUCAUUUAUAUUAUUUUUAACAUUUCUACAGUAAUUACCAAUCAAUUUCAUAAAGUUUUCAGCUGGGUAAUUCAUCUGAGUUUUUGUUUCCAGCCACAAUGGGGCAAGUGUCCCGGUGCUCUGUGUAAUGGUUCAUCAAGUAGCUUUAUACAAUCUGUUUAGAGAUAGUUUAAUUUUGUAUAUGUACAUAUUAUGGAUGCAUGAGAUGUACAUUUGUAGUACUUAAUACUAGGAAACUUUCCAUCAUGUACAUAGGAAUGAAUGACAAUGACAGUGAGUGGGUAUAUCACAAAGAAGUGGAGCCUGCAUGGUCUGGCCUGUUUGUUCCUGCCCAUCACUGCCGCAAUAUGUAUGUAGCGCAUUGGGAUUGUGAGCUGUAGUAUGCCAAAAGCAUUCUGUGGCUGUUCGUGUUGGAGACUCACUCUCAUCCUCACACUUCAUUCAGUCACUCUUGGCAUUUGGCAGUCAGAGUGACAACUCUUCACUGUUCAUUAGUAGGAGUUGUUGCUCCAGAUUUACUCUGCUGCAGGUCAGCAUGUACUUUGUGUUGUACAUCCUUCUUAAGACCUUCUUCAUCCCUUAGUGUUGUUACUAAGUGCUUGCUACAUGAAAGAUAUCUAGUUACUCUUAUCCUGUUUAAGUCAGCAAUAGCAGCAGAUCAGAUACAGGCAGGCUCACUUCACAUACCUCUUCAACAGAUUCUAUCCUGUGCACUAUGAAAUUUUUCCUUCGCAUCAUUUUGUAUUUUCAAAUUUGUUUAAUGUAAGUAUUUAUUAACCUUCAGUUCAAAGUGUUUUGUUUACAGCUAGAGUGGCACAAGCUGUGUGAGGGAUGGAGUGGAGUAUGUAUGUGGUGCCUUGUGUUAAAGCAGCAAUACUUUACUGGCAGUCUACCUAAUGAAACAUAAAACCUUCA